AUGUGGAUCCUUACUCUCCUCUGUUUAACUUCUCUGAUCAUCAGCACCGAUGCGAAUUGCGGCCUCCGACCAUCUUAUGAGUCCUUUCUAAAGACUGGCAAGAGGAUUGCAGAGGGGAGAUAUGCCUGGAGAGGAGAGUUCCCCUGGCACGUGAGCAUCCAGAGCAACGGGAGACAUAUCUGCGGAGGCACCAUGAUCAGCGCAUUGUGGAUCUUAACUGCAGCCCACUGCUUUGCAGAAUUGCUGCCACCAGCUCUCACUGUCGUAGUGGGGGGAACUGACCUCAGCCUCCCGCUGGAAGAACAUAAGCUGGAGAGCUUGAUCAUCCAUGAAAACUUUGACAGAAUGAGCAUGGAUAACGACAUUGCUCUGGCCCUGCUCAGCUCUCCCAUCGAGUUCAGCAGUCAGAAGAUCCCCAUCUGCUUGCCCUUCAUACAAGACGUCAACACGUGGCAGCACUGCUGGGUUGCUGGGUGGGGAACCACACACGCAGCAGGGGUGUCAACAUCCCUGGUGCUGCAGAAAGCGCGGAUGAAGCCCAUCAGCAGGGAGCAGUGCUUGGAGCAGAUCCUGCAGGUAGAGGAGAACAUGAUGUGUGCUGACCUGGAGGAAGAAGGAGGUCCCUGCCAGGUAGACAGCGGUGGACCACUGGUUUGCAGCUACUGGAACACCAUGAGAUGGUUUCAAGUUGGCAUUGUCAGCUGGGGAGAAGAUUGUGCAGAAAAGCCAAACCAUGAGGUCUUACUCUCUGUUUACAGCUACCGUGACUGGAUAGAGACUGAGACAGCCUUAAGGGGGAAACCUUUCUUCCCUGAAGGAAUUGAUAAACUUGAAAAUCCUGAGAUGGUUCUUUCCAGGAAUGAGGCACAGAUGAUAUUUUUUGAGUAUUAUCUCUUGUUAUUUAUCUCUUUAACAGCAAUUAGAUUACUCUAGAGAAUAUUUUUUUCAAAACAUAAUAAAAGAACUACCGUCUCAUCCUUCUUUUGCUGCCGGCCCAUGUAAUCCUCUCUCAGGUCAACCUACUCCAUCUCACUGAUGUGGACACAGAUGCCAAAAUAAGAUGCCACAAUGAGACAGAGGAAUGAUGGAGAGGAUGGAGAGAUGAAAAGAGAGAGCCAGGACACAGACAAAAGAGGCUAUAAUCCUUUGAAAAACACAGGUUUUCCAAACUAGUGUGUAACAUCAGGCCCAGUUUAUGC